AUGUCGAUUGCCAAUCAAGUGAUGCCAUACCGAACUCGCCCAUCAAGACCUCACAACAACCACCAUCAUCAGCAUCAGCAACAGAAUCUUCCUUAUGCCAGACCGCCUCAGAAAGAAACCCGAUUCCCAGAUGGAAACGCUCAUCGCCAGAAUGAGAAAAGUCGCCCUCCCUUCGUUCACAAGUUGAAAUCCCCUGAUCCAACGAAGUCAGAUAACCCCUCUAUGUUCGACCGCGAUUUCCCCCACUGCCCCGAUCGUCGACAAAAGUACAUGACUAUCGCGAAAAUUGGCCAAGGAACAUUUGGCGAAGUCUUUAAAGCGAAGAACCAAGAAACAGGUCAAGUUGUAGCGCUGAAGAAAAUCCUUAUCGAAAAGGAUCAAGCUUCGGCGGGUUUUCCAGUCACUGCCUUGCGAGAAAUCAAAAUUCUCAAUAAUUUGAAACGAGUCCCGACAGACAACAUCGUCCAGCUGAUCGAAAUCUGCAGAACCCGCUUCGAUCCAAAAGAAGGGCGCCGACCAGAGAUACAUUUGGUCUUUGAGUUCUGCGAUCAUGACUUGGCCGGCCUUCUUCAAAACAAAAAGGUCAAUUUUUCAAUGGGAGAGAAGAAGAAGCUCUCCUACAUGUUGUUCGAAGGCCUUUUCGCGCUGCACAAGAACAAAAUUCUUCAUCGAGAUAUUAAAUCGGCGAAUAUUUUGAUCACGAAAAAGGGUGUGCUUAAGAUUGCUGAUUUUGGACUUGCUCGCCCUUUCAGUUACCCAAAGCAAGGAAAAGAAAACCGCUACACGAACCGAGUCGUGACUCUUUGGUACCGACCGCCAGAGCUGCUCCUUGGCGAGCGCAACUACGGCCCAGCAAUUGACGUCUGGGGCGCUGGCUGCGUCAUGGCCGAGCUCUGGACGCGAACUCCCCUGCUUCAAGGGAGCAACGAGCAGGAUAUGCUCGAGAAGAUCCAGAGAUUUGUUGGAGGCAUCAACACUGAAUCCUGGCCCGGCGUCGAGAAAUACCCAAGCUUCAGAAACGCGCUUCAGGGAAAACCGAUCACGAAGGAGAAAAGUAAAAUAUUCAAGAAUCUUGGCCGGUACUUGAGAGAUGAAAAUGGACUGAAACUUGUUGAACAGCUCUUGACCCUGAAGCCUGAGAAUAGAUGGGACUGUGACACAGUUCUGGAUCACGAUUUCUUCUGGACUGAUCCCAUGCCUUGUUCACUAGAAGAAACACUUAGCAAACUUCACAAAUCGCUCUUCGACUUCACAGAAUCACUUCCUCAGCAAAUGAAACACGCCCAGCAUUCCGCCGCGAAAAAGCCCGCCUUUACCGGACUUGUCGAUCGAGUCUUUUGA